CAUAAUACACUUCCGUUUCGAACAUGGCCAAAUUGUUACGUCUUGAUCCUUGACUAUAUUGGUUCUCCACAUCCCAUCAGAGUACGAAUCCAUCCGCCCUCCUUUCCUAUUAAUCUUCUGUUUACAAUAGCUUGUAAUUUAGGAAUACGGACAGCGGUGGGGAGUGACUGUCAGACGCCAAAGCAGUACUUGUUGUAAAAGUUAGCUAACGUUGGCGUGAGCAAAGCAGCUAUAGGGAUGGCGGAGGUUCCUGGGACGUCAAGUGAGACGAUAACGGAGACUGUUCAAACCAGCACACCGCCACCACCCCAACAGGAGGGCCGCAGCCUGACAAUCAAGCUGAGGAAGAGGAAGACAGAGAAGAAGGUGGAGUGGUCGAGUGACACAGUUGACAAUGAGCACCUGGGGAGGAGGUCUUCAAAAUGCUGCUGUAUUUACGAGAAGCCCCGACAGUUUGGUGAGUCGUCCUCGGAAAGCGAGGGAGAUGAUGACGAUGAAGGUUGCGGCAGCGCACACUGUAUCCUGGGCCACGGUCGGAGGGAUCACAUACAGAGGGGCGGCGGGGGAGCCACGGUGCCCCCGAACUCUGGAAGGUCUCAUACUCACUAGGGAGCUCUGCAAGGAGGGUGUGGUGGUGUGGCAAGGUUUUUAGGGAAAUAAAAAGAGUUCCUCGUCACUGCAGUAGCACAAACUAACAGUCUUUAAGUUAAGAUCCAUUACAAAGGAAGAAAGAUGUGAUUCUGCUUACCGCGCAUGUAACCUGAAUUUGCUCACAUGUUUUCCACGUACUUAAAUCAUAAAAAAGUUUUCUAUCUCAACCUAUUGAAAAUGUAACAGGAGUUCCAGUUUGGAGGGACUUAAAAGCAAUAGCCAUGGAGAUCAGUAUUGGCAUUAAGAGAAGGCAGAAUGUCGUUUAGUAUUAAAGGACAAAUGCAUUUUUCUUUUGACGUCGUAUCAUACACACAUCAGAUGGGUCUGUUUUUUGCACAGCUCUUUAUUAAAGAAGUCUCAAAGCUAAACAUACAAGAGGAUCAUAGCGUUGAUUAGUGAUUUUGCAAACACACAAACUAGAUAGACUAUGAGGAUCAAAAAGGUUUAAUUGAAAAGCUCCUGUGUCCGAAUGUAGGCUGCUUCCUUUUUAAAUGCAAGCUUUUGUGUAAAACAAAUGAAGGAUUGGCAUAGUUAUGUUGAUUUGUUGUUGAUUGUUUAGUAAUAGCAUUUCGGGGAAAAAAUUCUGACAAAAUGUACAUUACUGCAACCAGCAGAAAUGCUGCUGAUUCAGGCUCAACUACUGGAUUAUGAAGUUUAAAGAACAACAUGAUGUCAACUAUGUUCCAUUCAAAAUGAUUGGACCCAUUGUAAAUCACAUUUGCAAUAUGUACAAUCGUUCAAAAAAUGGCCACUUCGAAUGAACGCUGACUGCUUGUAAUAGUGUUGAACAAAUUGAAUGGCAAAAUAUCUUAUGUUUCAAAAUGUUGCAAUUCAAUGCAAUUUACAACGGAGGGCUACAUCAUUUGAAGUUGUGCUGGAAACUCUUAAUUUCCUCAGUACCACACUGGCAUCAAUAGCACUUCUGUAUUUACACUCAAGUCUUUUGAGUGCAUAAGUGCGUUCACACUGAGAAGUAGAGCAAAAUGCAAGAGUACUGCCAGAACCCGAAUGUGGAGUUCAAAACACUCAAAAUGGUGAGUGUGCAGUUAUAUAUACUUACCACUUUCUAUUUUCGCCAUCCUGCCAGAAAAUUAUGGCGGCCGAGGAGCAACCAAUAGUGGUAGAUAGUCGUAAACCGAUGAAUAAGUGAGUACAAACAUUUGCUAGUCAUUUCCUGCAAAUAUGCAAUGAUGAAUCAAUUUAGAACAGUGCUACAUUGUCAAAAUUCACACCCUCAGGAACUAAGUACAGUGGUACCUCGGGAUACGAGUGUCCCAGCUUAUGAAUUUUUCAGGAUACGAGCUGUUCUGGGCCAAUUGUUAUGCUUCAGGUUGCAAGCAAAAAUUGGGUUACGAUCCUCCACACCACUAGUUGAUGUAGUGAAUGUCACAUUGAACCUUAUAAGAUCCUACCAAAACAUCUGGUUUUACUCGCUAGCAAUACCAUACAGCUAGAGAUCGAUAAAACUUUGUUUUUCCAACCACAACAACGAAGAACGUGAGUUGAUAAUGCCAGCCAAGGACGUUAAAUUAAGAUGUAUUAAUCCAUGAAAAUAGGGAGAGGCUGCUGAUGGUGUGUUUGACGGAGAAGCAGCUCAAAGGAGAUACUGUAGAAGUUCGCUCUCCAAGGUAAAUGCUGUACAUUAUUAUUACGUUACUUCAUUAAAUUACUACAGUUGUUUCAUACAAUAUGUCUAUCUAAAAUUUGUUCUACUUUUUAAAAGGCUGUUAAAUUGGGCUGUUUUGGGGGGGUUAGUUUCAAUGAGCGAUGCUGUUUUGCAAUACCAGUUUUCGGAGGUACGAGCUGCAUCACGUAACAAAAUAAACUGGUAGCACAAUGUACAUUGUGUACAAACUUAAGGGUACACACUUUAAUUUGAGACAGCCGAAGAGAUGUUAUUUCAUGCCAUUAGAAAAGUUGUAGAAAAUAAGUGGGGUGGUUUAACUCAGGAGUGUCUAAAUUACUGCUCGCCAUUGUCUUCAAACUGGCCCUCAAGAUACAUCCAUCCAUCCAUCCAUCUUCUUCCGCUUAUCCGAGGUCGGGUCGCGGGGGCAGCAGCUUAAGCAGGGAAGCCCAGACUUCCCUCUCCCCAGCCACUUCGUCCAGCUCCUCCCGGGGGAUCCCGAGGCGUUCCCAGGCCAGCCGGGAGACAUAGUCUUCCCAACGUGUCCUGGGUCUUCCCCGUGGCCUCCUACCGGUCGGACGUGCCCUAAACACCUCUCUAGGGAGGCGUUCGGGUGGCAUCCUGACCAGAUGCCCGAACCACCUCAUCUGGCUCCUCUCGAUGUGGAGGAGCAGCGGCUUUACUUUGAGCUCCCCCCGGAUGGCAGAGCUUCUCACCCUAUCUCUAAGGGAGAGCCCCGCCACCCGGCGGAGGAAACUCAUUUCAGCCGCUUGUACCCGUGAUCUUGUCCUUUCGGUCAUAACCCAAAGCUCAUGACCAUAGGUGAGGACGGGAACGUAGAUCGACCGGUAAAUUGAGAUACAUAAUUUUUAAUAUACUAACGUUGAUGAAUUUACACAUUUACUGAGGUGUCUGAGCAUAUGUUUAUAUGUAGCAAUCCAAACUAGCUUUCUCCAACUGUGGUGGUAAUAAAACACAACACAUUAAGUCAACACACACAUGCCACACAAUACCCACUUAACCAUGUGGACAUUAUAAAAGCACUAUAAACAUGUUAUAAUUACACCCACCUAACAGCACUACAAAGCAUGGUAUGCAAAACACUUUCUCCCCACACUUUGUUGUGUUUGAUGUUUCGAGUUGAUUACAAAACAUUUAAGGAGGUAAUCAGGGAAGUUAAAAGGGAGGGGUGGGCUUUUUCAUACUCUCAAUAUUUAGUGUCGUCACGGUCUGAUGGGGGGACUGAAAAUAAAAGUUUUAGGUAAUGUUUUGUUUUUCAGGCUGUUAGCUUGCUUCAAGUAUUGUUUUAGGAAACUGAAGUUGCUGACCAUUUCCUGAUAGUAUUACAAAUCCUACACAUCAGUGGUUCUUAACCUAUCACCUAAGAAAAAACCUGGCUCUCCAAGUUUCACCAUAAUGACCAACAUUAAAAUACAGCAGCGUAGUAGGCCUUAGUAUUCAUUAAACACAAGAAGGAAGUGUAGUUUGACAAGUUUAUUUAAUAUUUUGGCCACUGUAACAUUACACACAGUUUGAACAGUAGCACUGUGUUUUAAUGAAGGAAAAUCAAAACACUGUACUUUAAUCAAGUGGUUCUUUGGCGUACCAACAGAUAGAGCCUGCGUAACACCGGUGGUACACGUACCACAGUUUGAGAAUCACUCCUAUACAUUCUCUAUUAUACACAUGAUCGUAUUUACGUUAUGAUCCUUGCUUUGCUGCAUUGCGAAAAAUUUGGAUUUUCCCCUGGCAAUUUUGCUUUAUUGCAGGUUGUACUGUGUUUUAACAUGUUUAUUUUACAUGAGAUAUUAAAUCAAUAUGCCGACUUAAAUCACUGCAACCGCCAAUUAUGUGUGAAAACAGCUGUGUAAACUUCAAUCAAUCAAUCAACGUUUAUUUAUAUAGCCCUUAAUCACACCCUUAAUCAAGUGUCUCAAAGGGCUGCACAAGCCACAACUUGAUCAACACAAGUGUCCGCCCUGAGAUCGGUAGGUCGUGUGUUCAACCCCCGGCCAAGUCAUACCAAAGACUGUAAAAAUGGGACCCAUUAUCUCCCUGCUUGGCACGCAGCAUCAAGGGUUGGAAUUGGGGGGUUACAUUACCAAAAUGAUUCCCGAGCACGGCCACCGCUGCUGUUCACUGCUCCCCUCACCUCCCAGGGGGUGGAACAAGGGGAUGGGUCAAAUGCAGAGAGUAAUUUCACCACACCUAGUGUGUGGGACUAUCAGUGGUACUUUAACUUUAACUUUAACACACACACUGUCACAGUUGAGCACACUGAAUUGGAAUAAUAAAAAACAUAAGAGCUUUUUUGUCACUGCAAAUUACUGUAACUUUCUCUAUACAGUUCGGAAGUACGUCAGAUUAUGAUUGUAUAUACUGUACCUGUAUGUGUAUAUAUACUGAACAAAAAUAAUAAGACUUUUGUUUUUACUUCCAAUUUUCAUGAGUUUAACUUAAAGAUUUAAAACUUUUACUUUCUACACAAAAUACCUAUUCCUCUCAAAUAUUGAAAAAAAAAAAAUCUGUGUUAGGAGCACUUCUCUUUGCCAAGAGAAUCUGUCCCACCUCACAGGUGUGGCAUAUCAAAAUGCUGAUUAAACAGCAUGAUUAUUGUACGUGUGCCUUAGGCUGGCUGUAAUAAAAGGCCACACUAAAAUGCAGUUUUUCUUUAUUGGGGGUCAUAAAAUCAGUCAGUAUCUGGUGUGACCACCCUUUGCCUGACGUAGUGCAAAACAUCUCCUUCGCAUAGAGUUGAUCAGGUUGUUGAUUGUGGCCUGUGGAAUGUUGUUCCACUCCUCUUCAUUGGCUGUGCCAAGUUGCUGGAUAUUAGCAGGAACUGGAACACGAUCCACAGCAUCCCAAACAUGCUCAAUGGGUGACAUGUCCGGUGAGUAUGCUGGCCAUGCAAUAAUUGGGAUGUUUUCAGCUUCCAGGAAGUGCUUACAGAUCCUUACAACAUGGGGCUGUGCAUUGUCAUGCUGCAACAUGAGGUGAUGGUCUGGGGUGAAUGGCACAACAGUGGGCCUCAGGAUCUUGUCACAGUUUAUCUGUGCCAUCCAUAAGUGGAGCUCUACUCUGAGUCUCUCCCGGAUGACUGAGCUCCUCACCCUAUCUCUAAGGGUGACCCAAGACAUCCUGCGGAGGAAACUCAUUUCUGCCGCUUGUAUUUGCGACCUUGUCCUUUCGGUCAUUACCCAAAGCUUGUGACCAUAGGUGAGGGUAAAUCAAGAACUUCCCCUUCUGGCUCAGCUCCUUCUUCACCACAACAGACUGGUGCAGUGACUGCAACACUGCCGACGCUGCACCAAUCCGUCUGACAAUCUUGCGUUCCAUUCUUCCCUCCCUUGUGAACAAGACCCAGAGGUACUUGAACUCCUACACUUGAAGCAGAACUUCUCUCCUGCCUCCGGGGGUGCAGUCCACCAUUUUCCGACUUAGAACCAUGGCCUCAGAUUUGGAGGUGCUGAUCCUCAUACCUGAAGCUUCACAUUCGGCUGCGAAUGAAGGCUGAAAGUCCUAGUUUGACGAAGCCAACAAGACCGCAUCAUCUGCAAAAAGCAGAGAUGCGAUUCUCUGGCCACCAUACUGGAAACCCUCUACAGUGUUGACUGCACCUAGAAAUUAUGUCCAUAAAGAUAAUGAACAGGACCGCAGGACAGGAUAUGAAUCAUUUUGGGCUAAUUUAAGUACCAUUUUAAAAAUAAUGUGUUACUACUUCGAAUUUGCAAAACAUUUUAGCUAAAUUUGUAAUAUAAAUCUGGUGUUAAACCAUAUAAUCCACAUUUGAAUUCAGAAAAAGUGUCAAAUCAUCAUUCUUCAAGGAAAAACAUGUAUAGAGCUAAACUCUGUUUUCUACCUGUCCAAAUGUUUUCUCUUAGAGGUCCAUACAAAAAAAUCUAAGAAUGUAGAGGCCACUUUGUCUAUUAAACGCAGUAAACACAACCCAAUGUAGGUCAAAUAUAUGCAAAGAAGUUAAAUAAAGAAACAUUUAAUUUAGGGCUGGGCGAUAUAUCGAUAUACUCGAUAUAUCGCGGGUUUGUCUCUGUGCGAUAUAGAAAAUUACUAUAUCGUGAUAUUCGAGUAUGCGUUCUCACGCAGUUGCUUUUAGCUGCUGGCAUUAUACUACAGGCUCUCCUCGCUCUUUCCUGUCUCCCCUUCUCACAGACAGCAAGCGCAGCUUCUACACACGUCACAUACUGUCUCGUCAUACGUCACAUACUGUAUGUAUACGCCCUCUCGCAGCAAAGAGUAGCAGCAUGGCUAACGUUAGCUGUGAUGCUAGCGGAGCGGUGUGAGUGAUAAGGUAGUACAAGAGAGAGAAGGUGCAAAUCUGGUAACAAAUGAAGGAAUAAUUAAUUCCCCCCAAAAAGAGCAGGGGGUCCAUCGUCUGGCGGUGGUUUGGCUUCAAGUAGGAAUAUGUCGAACAGACAACCGUAAUUUGUCAAGUGUGGGGCGAAAGCGUUGCUAUAAAAAAAGUAGCAUUACUGCUAAUACGUAGCAUCAUUUGAAAAGUCACCUGCUAGAGAAUGAACAGUGCUUACUCCGCAUGUCAACAUCUCCGUUCGGUGCCACACGUCCACACCUUCAAAAUGCCGAGGCAAACAUUUCCAGAUCAACACCGUAUGAAAAAAAUAGUGAUUUUUUUAGUUGUGAUUUCCUUCUCUGCAUGAAAGUUUUAAAGUAGCAUAUAUUAAUGCAGUAUGAAGAAGAAUGUUUUAAUGUAGACACAUAGAAUCAUCAUACUGCUGUGAUUAUAUGCAUCAAGCGUUCAUUCAAGUUUAAGGCAAAAUAUCGAAAUAUAUAUUGUGUAUCACGAUAUGGCCUUAAAAUAUCGCGAUAUUAAAAAAAGGCCAUAUCGCCCAGCCCUAAUUUAAUUACAUUUAAAAAAUCCUUCUGAUCUUAGUUAGUUUCAGUUUAUUUCAAACAUGCAUACAAUACAAUUACAAUGUAAGCAUCACAUAUUUCCAGUUGUUUCAUUACAGCACGUCCGAAUAGGAGUUGGAAGAAGCAGAGUUUAUGUAACCCUACCCCUUUUUAUAUCAUAGUAAUUUUACCCCAUUUGUUUGUUCUCUGUAACAGAGUAGGUUGCCAAAGCAACUAGUAUAAGUGUAAUAUCUUGUAAGUUGCAACAUUACAACUUUUUCUUGUUCACAUUACAACUUUUAAGUAUUAUUUCAACAUGCCGUGGGUUGAUGCAAAAAAAAUAGCUGAGGUCUGCACUUUGGACACCCCUGUGGUACACGAUUGAUUGGUAAGCUCACUGAAAUGGGCUCUCUAUAUUUUAGAGAACAAAAUGUUGUAUUAAUAUUAUUAAGAGACUAAUAAUUGUUUGUUCUUCUUGUGGACAAUGCUACAAAUUGUGUUUUACGUCCGCUAUUUUUCUGAAAGUUGCAAUUUUUCAUGUCUUGAGCAUUGUGAAGUAGUGGCUCGACUAUACUGAGGUGAAUCACUACUCAUCUACCAACUCAUUGGAUAAACCACACUAACAUUAUCAUUAAGUUUGCAGCAUGUUGUCCGAAAAAGGAAAAAGAACACCAACAAAGAUAUGGGAUGAUUUUAUGUUGAGAAUCUGAUUUACAUUUUUGAUUGUUUAGAGUAGAUUGAAGUAUUUGUUUGUUGCCCCCAAGCUGUGUACUCCUUUCUCAACUGAGCAAAAUGAUUUAAAAAAAUAUAUAUAUUUACUUUCCCACGUGCAUAGCAAUUCAUAAAAUGUACAUUGGUCUUGGUACUGGUAAUUGCACAUUUCUGUAAAUACAAUUAAGCGUAAUGAGGUCUGACUGAAUGUUAUUAAAAGGUUUGAACUGUGAUUGGAGGUUUUAUGUUGUGGACACUAUAGUCGUUGAUGCGUCUUAUUUCAUUCAUCUGAAGCAGAAAGAUACACAAAAGUAAAUUCAGUUUGAAAUACUCUUCAUGUACAAAAAACAGUAGUUUCAAUAAUUUGUUUUCCCAUAAGAUGCCUUUUGUACAUUGUCUUACCUUCUGGGUGACAGGUGUCAUUUCCAGUGGCGGGCCGUGCGUUUACAACCUAAGCCUUCAGUGAUGACCGACUUCAUGAUUACCUCUCAAAAUACCAUAAUUGAUGUCACCACAUGACCAUUGCUGGAGAAAUACUAUACAGAAACACAUUCAAGCACUACUGGGCAUUGUACAAAACGGGUUAUUUUCUAGCGCAUUUAAAAAUCAAUAAACAAGCAUCAGUAAUUAAGCCCAUAUCUUAUGUGGUACUGUCAAAAUUUAAAUUGCAAAAAACAUUUUAAGCGUGAAAAAAUAAAGAAAUAAAAUAUCUGAACUCACAUUUCAUCAACAGCUCAGUUCGCUUCCGGGGUUUGCUGACAUUGUCUCACAAGAUGUAGUUUCUCUUCAAAAUGGCCUUGCAAAUAUAUGUGUUGUCUUGUCUAAUCAUAAAAGAUGCAGACAAGGCGUGUUGGCUGAGUUCUUAAAGUUUACUCCACAGCGUGCUCAUCAAUAACAUCCAGCUGCCGGCAACAACCUAAACGGGGCUACUGUGCAUGCUCUACACCAGGGGUCACCAACGCGGUGCCCGCGGGCACCAGGUCGCCCGUAAGGACCAGAUGAGUCGCCCGCGGGCCUGUUCUAAAAAAAAAAAAUUGAAAAAAAAAAAAAUUGAAAAAAAAAAAAAAAAAAAAAAAAUUAAA